AUGGCCGACCUAGGAUUCUACCACGACAAGACAUUCCUGCCAGAGCAAUGGGCAGAAUAUGGCGUGAGCGUGGCGAUUAUCUUCCUGCGCCUGGGUGUGCGCAUCCGAAUGGUUGGGGUGCGAGGGUUUCAGGGCGAUGAUUUCUUUGCAUUCCUCGCUUUGGCCCUCCUAACUAUGGACGCGGUGACAGUCCAUUUCUCGUAUAAACUAGGGACAAAUCUUGAAGUACCACCGGAAAUGGAGAAUCAUCUCACACCGUCACAGUACUCUUCGGUCGUUGCAGGGUCAAAGUACGAGUUUGCUGCUUGGUAUUCAUACACGGGGUUGAUUUGGGUCAUGAAGGGGAAAAUGCUGUUUCUUUAUAAACGAUUGACGAUCGGACUAUGGCAGGCUAAAGUCAUCAAUUGGCUGGCCAUUUUGUGCGCGUUAACCUAUGCGGCGGUGUUUUUGACAGUCACAUUGGGAUGUCAGCCGGUCUCGGAUAACUGGAGGAUCUAUCCUCCUCCGUCAAAACAAUGUGGUCUGAAAAUCCAAAAUGUCAUUGUGACAUGCGUUCUCAACGUCACCACCGACUUUGCACUGCUCUGCAUUCCCAUCCCACUACUAUGGAAAGUCAAAACCUCCAUUCAACGCAAAAUCGUCAUCGCCAUGUUUCUCAGCUCCGGCAUCUUCGUGAUCACCGCCUCAAUCAUCCGAACAACUCUCACCCUCGGAGCCGCACCAUCCAGCAUUACUGUCAACCGAUGGGGUAUUCGCGAGACAGUAGUCGGCGUGGCGACGGUCAAUCUCCCGAUCCUGCGACCCAUGUUCACCAAGAGCUUCUGGUUCCCCGGAUACAAAGGCAGUUCCCGCGGCCACAAUUACUACGGGUACUAUGGUGGAUCCGCGAACUAUAAUAUGACUGCGAGGUCGAAGAAGGGACAACGGAGUGAUAGUAUGACAGCGGGGAUUAAUGAACCAAGUCAUCAGAGUGAAGAUGGCAAGGAGGACCCUGGUGGUGUGUUCGUCAGUACCAGUGUUAAUGUCCGGGUCGAAAGUAGGGAUACUGUUGAUGCACCGCGCAUGAAUCCAAGUAGUGUGUGGGAGAUCGAUAAGAAGUCGAUGGUUUAG